AUGGGGUCUCUGAAUCGUGAUGGACCGAUAGGGGUGCCUCUUAUCUCGCAGCCGAAAAUUGAAUACAGUUCCUCAAAUCCGAACGCCUUCUCAGCCGAUGUUCUCCAUUGGAGCAGAUUUGUGCGUCAAUCAGGAUGGGAGGACCCGAAGAGUUCAUCAAGCCCCAGUGAUUUGCGUAAAAGGAUGACAGUGAUAUGUUUAACUCCAGGUAGUCCUGAACGGCCUAUAUACCUUGAGGUCCAGCACAACCCCAGCCACCGACCCUGCUGCCGCUGCCACCGAUAUAACAAGACACGCAAAACUCAGCAUCUGCAAACAAAUCCACCUUUUGCUCCACUUCUCUAUCUUCUUCUGCGCAAUGUACAUCUCAACCGGAAAAUAAACCGUCAAAGGCCAAAAACCAAACGCCCCCAAAAUCCCAACAACAUCGUUAAAAAAUGGGAGCAACAUCGAUAUCACCGUCGUCAACACAACAAACGCGCACCGGAAAAUAUUGAAUUUGUAAGCCCGGCCCGCGAAGGAGAUCUCCCGGGAGAUGAAGUGGCAGUUAUUGGGCCAAGUGGACGAGGCCCAUUUCUCUACAAAGGCAAAUAG